GAAUGCACACCUCCUUCCCCUCUCCACGCCUCAUCUGCUGCGCCCCAAAACCCCGAACCCCCACACUCACGCGCGGCGGCGUUCGCCGGAGAGCCUCCCCUCCGGCCGCCGCCAUGCCGCCGCCUCUCCAGGCCCAGCGCCUCCUCCUGUCCCACCGACGCCUCCCUUCUCCCCACCUCCGCUGCUUCACCGCCGUCUCCUCCCUCCCGUCCGCUCCCGCCAAGACGGUGGCGGCCGCGGCGGCCCACGCCCCCUCCUCCAUCCUCUCCAUCCGCGAGUCGCUCCUCUCCGGCGAGAGGACCGCGGCGGAGAUCACCGCGGAAUACCUCUCCCGCCUCCGCCGCACCGAGCCGAGCGUGCGCAGCUUCAUCCACGUGGCGGACGCCGCCGCCGAGCGGGAGGCGGAGGAGCUCGACCGGAGGAUUGCCACCGAGGGGCUGGAUGCGGUGGGGCCUCUGGCCGGGGUGCUCGUCGGCGUGAAGGACAACCUCUGCACCGCCAAUAUGCCCUCCACAGGUGGGUCGCGAAUACUGGACGGUUACCAGCCGGCGUACGAUGCCACUGCGGUGCGGCGGCUUCGUGAGGCGGGCGCCAUUGUUGUGGGGAAGACUAACCUAGACGAGUUCGGCAUGGGGAGCACUACAGAGGGCUCCGGGUUUCAGGUCACAACAAACCCUUGGGACGAUUCACGUGUGCCUGGGGGAUCCUCAGGUGGUUCUGCUUCUGCGGUCUCUGCUAGACAAUGUGUGGUAUCCUUAGGGAGUGAUACAGGUGGAAGUGUGAGACAGCCAGCAUCAUUUUGUGGUGUGGUAGGGUUAAAGCCAACCUAUGGCCGGGUUUCUCGUUUCGGCCUCAUGGCUUAUGCUUCAUCACUAGAUGUUGUGGGAUGCUUUGGUUCAUCAGUUGUUGACACUGCGACAAUCUUGUCAGUAAUUGCUGGCCAUGACAAAAUGGAUUCAACUAGUAGCUCUCAUGAUGUUUCAGACUAUAAAUCAGAGUUGGUCCCACUAGAUUUGCUAGAAUCAAAACCAUUAAAUGGUAUGAGAAUUGGAAUUAUUCAAGAAACUCUUGGUGAGGGUGUAGAAACUGGAGUCAUAUCAUCAAUCAAGGAUGCUGCUUCUCACUUGGAACAAUUGGGAUCAGUGGUGGAAGAGGUUUCUCUGCCUUCAUUUUCUCUUGGCCUACCCGCAUAUUACAUACUGGCUUCAUCUGAAGCCUCUUCUAAUCUAUCACGUUAUGAUGGUAUCAGGUAUGGGAGGCAGGUUUCAGGCGAUGACUUGAAUGAACUUUAUGGAGGUUCCCGGGCUAACGGUCUGGGUCACGAGGUCAAAAUGAGAAUUUUGAUGGGAACUUAUGCUUUAUCUGCUGGAUACUAUGAUGCAUACUACAAACGAGCACAACAGGUAAGGACACUGGUUAAGAAAAGCUUCAAAGAAGCUCUGGAAAGAUACGAUAUUCUUGUUUCACCUGCUGCGCCAUCAGCAGCUUACAAGAUAGGUGAAAAGAUAAAUGAUCCAUUAGCUAUGUAUGCAGGAGAUACCAUGACGGUGAAUGUUAAUUUGGCUGGUCUCCCUGCAUUGGUUGUGCCUUGUGGAUUUUUGAUGAUCUGCGGGGCUCCCGUUGGACUUCAGAUGAUUGGAUCCCCCUUCAGUGAGGUAAUAAAAUGCUAGU